AUGAAGCGAGCGAUUGCAUCACAAGAUGCUGUAUCAGCGAAAAAGCCGAAAGCAGGCUCGGACGAUGAGAUGAUGCUGCCUACUCGAGCGACGGCUUGUGCUUCUGCCACGACAAGCUCGAACGGCGAAACAGUCGAGAGGCCAACUCAAAAACUCGCGUCGAUCUUCGAACCUCGCACCGUUCGCAGCAGCACAACCUCUCCCAAUCUCGCCCGUUCACGCUUAACGUGGCUUGAACCCAUCGGCGCGAAUAAGACGUGUCUGCAUGCCAUCUAUGGUGACCCACAACCGACGUCUAAGAUCGCGUUUUUCGAUCUGGACGGCACCCUGAUUCGCCCGAAAAAUAACAAGACCUUCCCUUCGAAAACCGACGAGUUCGACUUUGAGUUACUCUUCUCCACACGUCCUCCAGGCAUGCGCUCUCUCUUGGAACGCAUUCGGCAGCAACAUCUCGAUGGCUAUGCGAUUGUGAUCAUCACCAAUCAGAAACAGACGGCGUAUUCGGCCAAGUCCGGAUUGGCAACGUGGAAGAACAAGAUGGCGCAUAUCGCAGCAGCGAUGCAGGUGCCGAUGCGCGUGUUUGCUGCAUUGGGCGAUGAUGAGUAUCGGAAACCGAGGUUGGGUAUGUGGACCGAGUUUUUGCGGACGAAUCGAGGGGUCGAGGUGGACAAGGAGAAAAGCUUUUUCGUGGGAGAUGCGGCGGGGAGGAAGAAGUACCGCGAUCAUCAGGACACAGAUCUGAAAUGGGCGUUGAAUGCUGGUAUUCAAUUCUACACGCCGCAAGAGUAUUUCUUGGGGCGCGAAAGGGAGUACGAGAUUCCGAUGAGGCCUUGGAGUCCGUCGGCGUUGAAACGUGCUGAUGCGACAUUGAAAGGGUUAAUUGCCGAGCCAGAGGACGAGAUGGUGACUGUGGACGUGUCGCUGAUCGACAAGGAGGCGAGUGCUAAAAGUACGAUUCUCGGCGUCGGUCAUGGUUCGCAUGAAGCUUCAGAGAUCGUGCUGUUCGUCGGUGCACCAGCAUCCGGCAAGACGUUUCUGUUCAACCGAGUGUUUGCACCUGCUCACUAUGUGCAUGUCAACCAAGACACGCUUCGGACCCGAGACAAAUGCCUCGGCGUGGUUCGCGAGAACAUCCAAGCCAAUCGAUCGUGCGUUGUCGACAAUACGAAUCGCGACCGUGCAACGCGCAAGCAUUACAUCGAUCUCGCCAGGAGCCUCGGUGUGCGUAUCCGGUGUCUCUACUUUGACGUCCCCAAACACGUGUGUGUGCACAACAACCACUUUCGCGCACACCACGGACCGACAAGUGGCCAAGAGCUCGUGCGCUCCUUGUUGCCCGCUACCGCCAUCGAAAGCUGGUUCAAGGAUCGUCAGCCUCCCUUGCGCGACGAGGGCUUCGACGCACAGAUCAUCAGGAUCGUUGGGCGCUGGAGUGGUGACAAAGAUGUCGAGAAGAGAUAUCGCAUGUAUUACCACUGA